AUGGUAGCAAAUAUUAUCAGAUGGUUGCUGCUGUUGGUGCUAUGUACACUUCUGCAGGACCUUCUGCAAGCAGCAUUGGAUUGUAAUGAGACAGAAUGUGGCCCACGAGUAAGACUAUGCAAUCCAAACAAAGAGGCACUGCAUUUAAACAGUUAUGUUGAUCGAUUCGAUCAGGAUGAUGAAGAUGUUAUCGUUUUCGACAAGGUUGCACUAGUGAAUAAGGUUGGAACAACAUAUACAUUUCCAGCCUUACGCGAAUACUCGUUUGAUAGCAGAGGUCAAAAUAUGAAAAUGUUGGAGAGGACUCACCGCAGGGCGAAUUGCACAGUAGUUUAUCUUGACAAGUGCAUGUCGCAUAAGCAAUGCAGUCGACAGUGUCUGAUUCUUGGCGCGUCGAUGCUUCGGUGGUUUCAUACGGGUUGUUGCGAAUGCAUCGGACAUACAUGUCUUCCAUACGGUUCAACAACAGCACGAUCCGAUCAUCAUAAUACAAAUCAAAUGUCACUCCUCAAGGAUCCUGCAUUCAUACAGCUUCAACAACAUUUUGAAUCGGAAUGUAAAUAUCUAAAAAUGGUUGAUUUGUUUGUGCAAGAUCCAGAACGGUUUCAGAAAUUCAGUUUGACAAUGGAUACACCAGAUGGACCGAUUCUUUUCGAUUAUUCAAAAAAUAUUAUCAAUGAAGAAACGAUGAAGAAACUGUUCAAUUUAGCGAAUUCAAGGAACGUUUUGAAUAUGCGGCAGGAUAUGUUCAGUGGAAAAAAAAUCAACUUCACUGAAGGACGUGCUGUUUUGCACACCGCAUUGAGGAACAUUAACAAUAAACCUCUGACAUUAAAUGGACAAAAUGUGACAAGCGAUGUGAAUAGCGUAUUGGAGCAUAUGAAAGUGUUUUGUGAUCAAGUGAUCAGUGGAACUUGGAAAGGUUAUACAGGUGAAAAAAUUACCGAUGUUGUCAAUAUUGGCAUCGGAGGUUCUGAUUUGGGACCAUUAAUGGUAACGGAAGCACUUAAGCAUUAUCAGAUUGGACCAAACGUUCACUUCGUUUCCAAUAUCGAUGGUACGCAUCUAGCAGAGGUGCUAAAGAAAAUUAAGCCGGAAACAACAAUUUUUAUCAUUGCAUCGAAAACAUUUACAACACAAGAAACAAUCACCAAUGCUACAUCAGCGAAAGAGUGGUUCUUAAACAAAGCAGAGAAUCCUGCAGCAGUCGCUAAACACUUCGUGGCACUGUCAACAAACGGUCCAAAAGUUCGUGAGUUUGGUAUUGAUGAAAAUAAUAUGUUCGGAUUCUGGGAUUGGGUCGGAGGCCGUUAUUCAUUGUGGUCUGCGAUUGGUCUUUCUAUUGCCGUGCAUAUUGGUUUCGAUAACUUCAAUAAAUUGUUGAAAGGCGCAAGCGCUGCUGACGAGCAUUUUCUUAAUGAACCGGUUGAAAGAAAUAUACCAAUAAUUAUGGCUUUGCUUGGCGUUCUUUACAUCAACUGCUUUAAAGCUGAAACACUUGCUUUGCUUCCAUAUGAUCAAUAUUUGCAUCGAUUCGCAGCCUACUUUCAACAAGGUGAUAUGGAGAGUAAUGGGAAGUUUGUGAUGCGGGAUGGAAACCGUGUCGAUUUUCCCACUGGACCAAUCGUUUGGGGUGAACCGGGAACUAACGGCCAACACGCUUUUUACCAACUUUUACACCAAGGAAUGUGUUGUUUCUUGAAAUGCAAAAGCAUCUGA